AUGGUGCAAGAAAGCGGUGGUGCAAUUCACCGUCUGGAAGAUUGGGGUCGUCGCCAACUGGCUUACCCUAUCAACAAGCUGCAUAAAGCACAUUACGUGCUGAUGAAUAUCGAAUGCGGCGCGGAAACACUGGCUGAACUGGAAAGUAUUUUCCGUUUCAACGACGCGGUUAUCCGUAAUGUCACCAUGCGUAUGGACGCAGCAGUCACUGAACCUUCUCCUUUGCGGAAAGACGGUGAAGCACGCCCACCUAAGCGUAUGCGUGAAGAAGUCCUGUCUGAUGAUGACGAUUCAUCUGACGACGAAUAA